AUGGAACGUGACGCUCCAGUAUCCACUGUCAGCGCUCGCUCUUGCCCAUUCACAUAUCCACCAACAGUGAGGUUGCGCGCUUUCCGGCCAAUUUCUGAGACGGAGAUUAUGGGCCCUUCAAUUGCUGAAGCCAGCGAGCGGCCCUUCCUGCUGGCUCGUGUUAGUUUAACGACUGACCGGAGUUCGGUUCAUAUUCUUCAGCUCUGCGUUUGCGUCCUGCCGACUUGUUGUUCCUGUUGGAACUUGCGCGGCAAUCGCGGGCGAAGUGGCCUGGCUUCCCACAGUUUAGGUGAACUUGUAACUGUGCGUUGGGUUGUACUAUUCUCGCAUCCCUCGGAAUUCACACCCGUCUGUACCACUGAACUGGCGCCGGAGUUCGCUAAGCGUAAUGCCAAGUGUUUGGCCCAUUCAGUGGAUGAUCUGAAGUCACAUGUUGACUGGGUAAACGACAUCAAGUCCUAUUGUCUGGAUAUUCCCGGUGAAUUCCCGUACCCCAUAAUUGCCGAUCCUCAUCGUGAUUUGGCUGUACUCUUUGGCAUGUUGGAUGAGGAGCAGAAGGAUGAGGAGCAGAAGCGAGAUGCAGAAAUUGGCAAAACCAUACGCGCACUCUACAUCAUCAGCCCCGAUCAUAAAGUGCGUUUGUCGAUGUUCUAUCCCAUGUCCAUGGGCCGUAAUGUUGAUGAGAUUUUGCGUUGUCUCGACUCAUUGCAAUUGACUGACAAGCUGAAGGUGGUGGCCACACCCGCUAACUGGACGCCUGGUACGAAAGUUAUGAUUCUACCCGAUGUGACCGACGAGGAAGCAAAUAGACUAUUCCCAAAAGGCUUCGACAAGGUUUCAAUGCCGUCCGGUGUCAAUUAUGUCAGAACCACAGAAAACUACUAGAUUUUAAUGCUGCAAAAUUAUCAAAAUCAAAAUCAAAGCAAAAAUAAUUACAAUUUGAUUCUGUUCGAAUUGAGUUGGUGCCCUUAUCUGUAUGUUUUAAGUAUGUGCUGAUCAUUUUAAAAAUGAUUUUGUGCUUGAUUUUUAGAUUAUUGUUAUUUUUAAGUAAAAAAAAAAAACAAAAAAUAAAUUUUGAGUGCAAUUCAA